CGUGAUUUGAAUUCCUAGGUUAUUUGUGGCAGCAGCAGUUAGCAGUGGCUGUUUCCUAAUUCACUUUCAACUGUUUGUUUGCCAGAGCAAAUUCUGCCAACCCACCACUAGAGGAUGCCUCAUCCCCAGUAGUGCUGCUUGAACUCGCCCAAGAAAAUGGCAAUUUCAAAAUCAUUUGGCCAACUUGCAAUUGAGAAUAUCAAAUGAUGCUGUUGCAAAAAAUUCCCCAGCAGUUAUGCGGCUUAAAGAAAUUCCCAUGGUCAUGUGACUCCAGAUACUUCUGGGGCUGGUUGAAUGCAGUGUUUAAUAAAGUGGAUUAUGAACGCAUCAAAGAUGUCGGCCCCAACAGGGCUGCCUCCGAGUGGCUGCUGCGCUGUGGGGCCACGGUGCGCUACCAUGGCCAGGAGAAAUGGCAGAAGGACUACAACCACCUCCCCACAGGCCCUCUAGACAAGUACAAGAUCCAGGCCAUCGAUGCCACCGACUCUUGCAUCAUGCAUAUUGGAUUUGAUCACCUAGAGGGCCUCGAGCAUGUUGAAAAAAUCAGGCUAUGCAAGUGUCAUUAUAUUGAGGAUGACUGUUUGCAGAGGCUCAGUCAACUUGAAAACUUUCGGAAGAGCUUAUUGGAACUGGAGAUCAUUUCCUGUGGGAAUGUCACAGACAGAGGCAUCCUUGCUUUGUGUCAUUUAAGAAACCUCAAGUAUUUGCUGUUAAAUGAUCUCCCUGGAGUAAGAGAAAAAGAAAAUCUUGUCCAAGCCUUUAAAAUAGCACUGCCUUCUCUGCAAUUAGAAUUACAAUUGAAGUAAAGCAGUAAUAUUAUCAGUAAGUGUCUUAUUUUAGUCAAAUUGCUGACCCUAAACAGCAACAAAUAUUAUGUAAUCAUACAGAACUAUGAAGAUGUCAUGUCCUGGCAUUGUGGAACUGCAAAGUCCUCUCUAGAAAACAGAUGACUCCCUAAAGCUACUAGGUUCAAAAGGAGAUCUGUGUACAAUGAAUCGGUUUAAGAAAAUGGAAA